AUUUUGAAUAUGAGCCAAGAAAAAAUUGAAAUAUUUGAAAGUGAGUCAUCAGAAGAAAGCAGAAGGCAAUUGACAUCUGAUUUUAAUAUUAUACAGAAGACUUUGAAAGUUGAAAGUGAGGGAUUGCAAAAAUCAAAGUCAGAACUUAGAUGCCUUUAUAACGAAAUUCAAAGUCUUCCAGGGGCAUCAAGAGACAGAAACUAUUUUUUAAUAGCAUAUAACCUGCUACAAAGAGAGAAUUUUGAAUUAGAAACAAAGGUCUUGAAGCUUUCACAAGAAUUUGAACAAUUAAAUCAUUUUACUGUAGGGAGAAAAACUGCACCGACUAAUUUAAUUACAAGUGAAAAUAUCUGUAAAGAUAUAUAUAAAGAUGUGUCUAAACUACCAAUUUUGGAAGUAGAGAUUCAAAGCCCAAAGGAAGAGAGAGAGGAACUCUGUCCUGAACAAGGAGAAAGUAAGCAGAAAGAAAUUGCAGAGGAGCCAGUAAAGGAGGGCACUUUGCCAAGAGAGAGGCAGAAGGAGGAGGACUCACAACAGAACCAGGAUUUGAAGGGUGAAGGACAGCAGUUGACCUUGAAGCCUGAGGAAAUCGUGAGGCUUAGAGAAGAGCUGAAUCAUAUAAAUCAGACCUCCCUGCAGUCUCAGAGCUCGGGGGAGAGUUCAGACAGUAGUGCCCAGUAUCCAUCAUCUGGAGAAAAACUGAAAUACCAGCAGCAAGAGGAUGUACAACAGCUUCGUCAGAAUUUUCACCGGCUCCAGAUUCUGUGCAACUCAGCUGAAAAAGAGCUCCGGUAUGAUCGAGGAAAGAACUUGGACUUGAAACAGCAUAAUAGUUUACUUCAGGAAGAAAGCAUUAAGAACAAAACUGAACUAAAGCAGGCCCAGCAGAAGUUAUUAGAUAGCACAAAGAUGUGCUCUUCACUCACAGCAGAAUGGAAGCACUGUCAGCAGAAAAUCAGGGAACUGGAGCUGGAGGGACUCAAACAGGCUCAGAGCAUUAAAUCACAGAACAACCUGCAGGAAAAGCUGGCUCAGGAGAAAUCAAAAGUUGCUGAUGCAGAGGCAAAGGUUUUAGAUCUGCAGCAGAAAUUAGAACAUGCUCAAAAAGUCUGUCUCUCUGACACUUGUAUUUUGGGGAAGAAGCAACUAGAGGAAAAGAUAAAAGAAGCACUGGAAAAUGAAGCUAAAACAAAGCAAAAAUAUCAGGAAGAACAGCACAAGAGGGAACUCCUGGAUCAGAAUGUAAAAGAGCUACAAAAGCAAGUGAGAAUCUUACAAGAUAAAGGGAAUCAACUGGAAAUAACCUGUUCUCAGCAACAAUCCAGAAUCCAGCAACAGGAGGCCCAACUUAAGCAACUGGAAGAUGAAAAAAGAAAAUCGGAAGAGCAUCUCAAAAGCAACCAAGAAUUAUCAGAAAAGAUAUCUGCGUUGCAGCAAGAGAAGAAAGCGCUCUAUGAAGAAUAUGGGCAAUUUUUGAACCAGCUUGAUGUCCAUGUGAGGAGCUAUGACGAGAAACAUCACCAUCACAAAGUCAAGCUUCGCAGAGUUAAGGACCGUUUAAUUCAUGAAGUAGAACUACGAGAUGAGAGAAUUGAACAACUGGAAAAUGAAAUCAGAGGUCUGCGUCAGCAAAGGGAAAUAGAGAAGGCAUUCCAGGAAGAGGUCACUGCUCAAAAUGAUACACUGCUCCUAGAGAAAAGGAAACUUCUGGAACAACUCACAGAGCAAGAAGACUUAAUCCACAGCAACAAAUGGGUAGUAUCUUCAGUCCAGAACAGAGUUCUUCUUCUGGAUAAAGAAAACAGGCAAUUGCAGGACACCACUUGCCAUCUUACACAGCAGGUUGGCCUCUUAGAGCGUAUCAUAAGGAGCAUCUGGAUUCAGAGAGAGGAGACAAUUUGUGACAUCGCUGAAUUGGAAUCAUUGAAUAAAAUCUUGCCCUUACCAAACCCCAGUUUUUCAGGAACAGGUUUGGUAGAGUCGGUUGGAAGUCUUCAAGAGAUUAAAGAAUAUACAUCAGAAGCAGCAACGGCAAACCCCAAGUCCCCCGAGUCUCUUUCGUGUUCACAGAAUUCUGAAGCUGGAUACAUGAACGUGGCUUUUCUGAAAGAGACACACUGUAUCCAAGAACAAGACCAAAAGUCAGAACUAUAA